AUGACCACAGAUAUUGAGAAAGCACCGACGAUCAGGAUAGCCAACUCCAGUCGCCUACUCAAGCAAUCCAACCAAUUCAUCUCACCCCACUCGAUCCUCCUGCGAACCAAAAAGGCAGUCCAACAGCGGCUGAAGAAGAUCAGGACGACCCGGCCCAACAACUCGCCGAGUCUGCUCAAGAUCCUCCUAUCCACCACCACCACAUAUUCGAAAGACCAAGGAUUGGGAGGAGAGUCGCCAUUCCUGCCGACCAAGUUCCGCUCCGAUCACUCCAAUCCGACGAUCGACCCCGCCAAAGUCAGAUGGCGUGCGCCGAUCAUCAAAGCCCAGGCGCGGGCCCAGAUCUGUAAACAGGCGUUCCACUGGCGGAUCUUGCGAUACGUCUUCAACCUGACCGCCGACUCUCUUGGGCCGACGGGCGGCAACCAACAGAAGAAGAUGAGCAGAUCGACCAAGAACUUGCUCAGCCAGCAGCCGAACUUCUACGACGGAAGUCUCAGCCUGGAGGAGUUCAAGCAGAUCCCAACUGACCCCGUUCCGAAGGUGAUCGAACUCUUGGGCGGAGAGGAUCGAUUGACGGUCAAGGAUAAGCGACUCUUAGGCCUCUUCCAACAGCCCAAGGACUUCAUCAAACCCGUCCUCAACUCCCUCUCCUCCUCCGCCGCCGCCGCAUCCCCUCAACAUGACCCCCUCACUCAACCUCGCUACUCCUCUCCCACCCUCGUCCCCCACUCCUUCGGCCCCUACAUCGGCAGACGCAAACCUUUCAAGGGAAAGAUUCGCCAACGUAAUCGCGAGGCUAAGGUCGCCGAGGUCACCCAGAAAAUGGUCAAAAUGGACGACAGAAUUCAAUCCUAUAGAAAAGAGUGGAAGAUUGUUAAAGAGAAAUCUAAACCAGCUUUGCCCUUUUAA